CUGUGGUGUUGUGACACACAAUGCUUUCAAGCGUCGAGUGAUGUAUUCGUUGGUUUCGGUGUCAUAUGUGGCAUUGAUUGAACGGCUUGGCUAGAAGGGGGCGGGGAUACAUUUGCUAAUGAAUGCGUGUUGUAGCAACAGCCGUUUCCAAGGGAGAAUAUUAAAUGCAGACCCCCAGAAAGCGGCGAGGAUGGCGACAAGGUGCAGCUGACAGUCCACAACGAAGUAUUGUUUUCCGACGCACUGCAUGGAGGUAUCACAAGAACACGCAGACCUCGAGGCAGAUAUUUGUUCUCCUCAAAAUAUUAGUACAACAUGGAGCCUGUCCCCGGACCCAGGACCAUCAUCAGACUCUGAACUCUCCUUCUGUCUGGAUAACCUUCAUUGUCAGGACUCCACCCCACAGAGAAGACUACAGCUGACGCCGGAACUUCUGACUCCUAGCCCGAUUCAGAACAAAGGUGUUUCCCAAGAGAUGACGACGCCGACAGGUUCAGAUAAAACCAUAGCUGAAUGUGAAGUCGCGAAAAGGAAAGGGGAGAGAUCUGGCUCACAAAGAUGCUCUGAUCCAAAAAUGGGACAAAAUACACGGAAGUCACAGGGGACGAGGGAAGUGGAUAAAGAGAAUAAGCGGUUGCGAGUGACGUUGUCCAGUCGGUUUGCCGGUUCCACUGCACUUCAAGGUCUAACCAGAAGAGGAAGGGGACAGAGACAGAGUCCAGAGGCCAGCUGGGAUCCUGUGGAAGAGCGAUGGACUGAGCUUGCGACUUUGUUUCCUGGACAGUGGACUCAAUCCAAACAUCAGCCACACCCCCUGGACAUCCCUAAUUCUGUAGCUGAAGACAAAAAUCUCAUUGGAGACUACAGCAAGCCACAUCUCUUUCCUGUGAAGAGAGGGGAACACUUGGAUCUGCAGUAUAUAUCAUCACAGACAGUGGCAUCUCUGGUCAAUGGAAAAUACAAGAGCGUUGUGUCGAGCUACCUCAUCAUAGACUGUCGCUACCCUUACGAAUUUAAAGGGGGACAUAUCAGGGGGGCCAUAAAUCUUCACUCUGAAGUGCAGCUGCAGGAAGCUCUUUUCCAGGAUACUGUCAUGUUCCAGAAGCCCCCCCGGACAAUGUCUCCCAGCAGCCCCCCUACUGCAGCCCCCCUCCAAGAUACAGGCCUUCCCAGCCAAGGGGGUACUUUUCAGGGACAAACGCCACAAAGGGGCACAUUAGAGAGUGGGUCCCCGCCAGGUGGUCCCUUGCCAAGGAAACUCAUAGUCUUUCACUGCGAGUAUUCCACUGAAAGAGGUCCCCGCUUAUAUAGAAACUUGCGAAAGCUGGAUAGAAGCCUCAACGUUUACCCUCAGCUUUUUUACCCAGAACUGUAUGUCCUAGAUGGAGGAUACAAAGAAUUCUACUCCCAGUUUCCGGGCCUGUGUGAACCUUCUGGCUACGUCCCGAUGCUCCACAGAGACUUCAGGGAGCAACUGUACAGAUUCCGUAGGAAGAGAAGAUCACGCACCAUACAACACAGAAAGAAGCAGCUUUUUAAAUCAGAUGUGUAGUCUACCAUGCCAGAGAUGUUACAAAUAAAAUUGAAUUAAGGAUAGACAUAUUGCUGAUUUUGCCCAUAUUCUUGGACUGGUUGUGCAACAAAAUAAUUGUGUAUCCUUUAAUAAAAAUAGGCUUAUUUAUCCCCCGGAAUCUUUCCCGUUUAAUAAUAAAAUAGGAACUAUAUUAUAGACUUGUAAAAAUUUAUUUGUUUUUACAAAAUUACUGUAAAAGUAAAUAUUUAAUUUAAUGUAACUUAACGGGGGGACAUUCUAAAACAAAGACAAGUUUAUAUAGGCUUCUUCAAUUAAAACAGCAUGCGAUACAUUGAAAUCAUUUAAAAACAAGAACAAACCAAAAUUACACACACAUUAAGGACUGGUUGAUCAAAAGCAAACUGCUUAUAGCGACUGCCCUUGCUAGGCUACUCGAAUCCACGCUUGUCUUUACUGAAGGUCACAUUCAGUUAGAGGAGCAAGCCGCUCCACUGUUGACGUGCGGGUUCGACGUUUCCCCGGAGGACACAGGGAGUCCCGCUGCAUUCUCAUUGGAGGAAACGUGCAGGAAGUCUUUACGUCACAUUCAGGCAAGUUCAAUAGUUACCUAAAUACCUUCG